CUACGCCUCGCGCCGCCAGGAGGUGCUCGACGCCGCCGCCACCGUAUUUGCAGACGCGGCCGACGAGUACGCGUCGCUGGGCGCCGUGAAGGCGCGGCUGGAGGGCUUCAAGGCGCGGCUCCCUGGGGAGUACUCUAGCGCCUACGUCGGGGACAGCGCGCCGGCGCUGUUUGCGCCUUUUGUGCGGCUGGAGCUGCUGAGAUGGGACCCCCUGUAUGGCGGCGAUGCAG